ACCACCGCGUGAGCCACUUUGGACCCGAGCCGCGAGGCGGAUCGUUCUGGAAGGUUCCGCCGUGUCUGCUUGCUGUCUUUCUUUUUCCUUCUUGCUGUCCUCCGCUCUUCAUACCACGCUGGGCUUACUGUCCUACUCCCUUGACAUCGUCCCCUUUGCUCAUCCUCGAUUUUGAAGCCCACACGACCGAGUGAGACUCGUAGUCUCCAGGGACAUGGAUUGGCCUUCACACUUCCCUCCUGAUGAGAUUCUAUUCGAGAUUUGGCUGCAUGUAGACGACCCAUGGUGUCUCACGUGGACCUCCAGGCGCCUCUACGCCUUUUCAAAGCAAACCCACCUGCGCUCUUUGUGGCUCCUGCAGCAAUACGGCGAGCCCUAUGCCAUGUUUCACGCUAUAGCUCGUAGUAAGAUGUUCGAUCCGGAGCUCUUCAGGGACCUGCUUGCUUCAGGUGCCACUCUUUCGCUGGCUAUCGUUCAGGAACUGGCCAAGCGGCAAUUCUCAGACGUCAACAAUAAACCCAUGAUGGCUUUGUCCUAUAUGUCCUGGGGCAAGGGCAUCAGCUUCGAGGCUGCCCUUGCCGUAGUUACAGAAGGAAGACGCCGGCAGGCUAUGACAUCGCGCUGUGAUAGCCUCAAGUAUCAAGACUGGCUCUUUGGGACACAGGAGAUGCUCGAGAGUCAAUUGGAGGAACUGUUCUGCAAGCAUCAAUUCGCACCUCUUCCACUUCUGCCGCAUUGGCAGUCAAUCUCUCAAUCGGAGGACUCUUGGGUGAAGGAAUCGGCCAUGGAUAAAGCUUACUCGAAGAUACGCCUGGUCGUGAAGUACAUGCAACGCCAGCGAGAGUACAAUGCAGCCAAGCGCAGGCUUGCGGGAAGCUCUGAGUCAACUGUGAGGGUCGGAAGUAGGCAGACGUCUAGCCGAGACUUGUAAAGGCAUCAUCCCUGUCAUUUCGCAUGUGCCAUGACGAGCGUCAA